UAAUGGCCUAGACAUUGAGUAGGGGAAGGCUAUGUAAUCGUUAAAUGUUACCUUUGUUAGACCUUGGCAACUACAGUACGGUGAACUCUUGUGUGGUCGAUAUUCGCCACCGGCAACGCCAGUAUACACAUACACCAUUACCAUGACUACUGGAACCAAACAUUGCAAAUUGAACGUAGCCUGAGUGAAAUACACCCUGCAUUGCGCACUAUGUGGUCCACCAGGAAAGACGUAUUAAAUAACUAAAUCUCACAAUUAUACUUUGUCUUAACUGUAUUUAUAAUAAUCCUAUAAAUCAAUUAAUACACAAUUAUGAAAAUGACUGGAUCUCGUGCAUAUACAAGGCCAACGCCUGUGCCGAAAAUGCCGCCAGGAUUAGUGGAGUUGAUGGAAGGCAUGACAAAGGAAGUUCUCAGAUGUAAUACAACCAACGUUUAUGAAUUUUGUGCCGCGCAUAUGCAAAAACUGCUGGAAAUAAGGGAUGGACCCACUGGAAAACGGACUUUAAAUUUGGAACAAAAAAUAUCAAAGGCUCAAGCUAUAAUCAAACAGCGUGCUCAAGAUCGGCAGCGAAAAUAUGACAAGGAAAUGCAAUUGUUAAGCAAAAUAGAUGACAAAGAUAAUAAACUACCGCCGCAAUCUACUUUAAUUAAAGCGCCGGUUACUCACGAAUUAUUUUCUAAUCGCCUUGACGAAAUCGAAAUAUCUCAUAAUUCUCUCGCAAAUCCAUUUAAUUGUGAAGAAAAUAAUGAAAUUAUAAAAUCCGAAGAAUUAUUUCCCGUCACAAAGGAAGCAACAAUAUCAGUUGAUCAGAAUGUAAAUCAAACAAUAAAUGAAUUAGAAAGUAAUAGCACUGCAAUCGAUAUAAAAAAAAUUGAGUCUAACCUAGACAAAAGUUUUGAUGUUCUACCCGCUACACUAACCAAUGCAUCUGAAUGCAUAAAUAUUUCUGGAUCUCACGACAGCAGUAAAGUAUUUAAAAUUCCAGGACUUUCUAAAAAUGUAGAAGAAAAAAACAAUAACAAUAUGGCAGUGAAUGAAGCUGAGGUAGAAUAUAUUCCACCGGCAGUUGAAACGCCCGAGAAAAAUGAGAUAAGAGAAAAUAAUGUGGGGAUACCGCCCAUAACUCAAAAUAUUAAGUCAUAUUCGUCACAAUAUUCAAUAGACAAUAAAGAAAUUAAACUUGAUGAAAAUAAAAGCAAUAUCAAGGAUAUUAAAAUAAAAGAAGAAACGGAAAAUAAUAUUUCUGUUAUCUCAGAAGUUGAUUUAUUUGAUGACAAGAUAUCUAAAAUACCUGCCAAUAGACAAUCCGUACCUGAAGAUAACCUUACCAACGGUAUGAUUACAGUAGAAGCUACGUAUAAUCUUACUAAAAAUGAUAAUAUAUCAACGUCCAUGUCUAAGAAUAAUGAAAAUGAUUUUGGGACUUCUAUAAAUUACGCUGAUGAUAAUAUUAAAUCACAUGUUACAGAAAACCACAAAGUAGAAAUUGAUAAUAACCUAACUGGUGUCACUGAUGUCGCUAGUUCUACAUUUGAUAUUGCAACUAACUUAAACCAAAAGAAUUCUGAAUUGCAAUUUUUGAAUAAAGGUAAUGUAAAGAGGACUGAACAAGAUGAUGAAAAUCAUGGAGAAUCUGAAAUUGACGAAUAUAAUAAGCAUUCAUAUUUGAGCAGUAAUAGUAUACAUCCAGCAACAGAUAUUUCUCCUGAAAACCCUACAGGAAUUGUCUCAAGCGAUGAUCGUGGAACAAAUAACAUGGACCUCGAAACUGCAGCUAUUACAAUUCAAAAAGUUUUUCGUUCAUUUCUCUUUAAAAGCAGAGCUUCUAAUGAUGAUACUAGUUCUAUAGACGAAGAUAAUAAGGAAGCAAAUGGUUAUUCUAGUUCCAAUUCGACAAAGGAAAGAAGAUCGUUGGGUAUAACUAGAAUGGACACCAUGCUACAAACAGUUAACGAAGAGAAAUCUUUAUCUUUAUCUACUGAUGAUUCUUCCACACUAUCCAGUGCGGCUACUAUAAUACAAGCGCAUAUCCGGGGCUUUUUAGUGAGAAACAAACUAAACUCGAACAAAACUACUUCUACAAAUUCGAUAUUGAACUCUGAUGAUCCAGUUACGUCAUCGCCUGACAAUGAAACUAAUCAGAAUCAAAACAAUAAUAGAACUGUGCUUAAUAUACAUAUUGUGCCUGAAGGCAAUAUGCCAUCGUUAAGUCAUGAUGAAAGUAUUGUAACAUCCAUGGAUAUGUCCUUAGAUGGCAGUCCUCUCUCGUCAAUAAAUUUACAUCCACUUGGGUAUGAUAAAAGUGAACCAAGAAAACAGUUAAAGAGAGAAGAUGCGAUUCAAUCGAUAUCUCCGCCCAGUAAUAAUAGUGGCAAAUUAAGCGAGGAUGUCGAUUCCACAAAAGAAGUGCUAAUUAGUGGUGCGAUUACCAAUGAUAAUAAUUUAGCAAGUGACAAUGAUCACACUGAUAAAACUACUAUUGUACCUGAUGUUUCUGUCAUCCAAGAUGACCCUGUCGAAUCUUUAGAGGUUAGCGUUCCAGAUUCUACAACAAAUAUUACACGUAAGAAGAACUCUUUAACAAAAAUGAGUUCAGACGAAAUGGAUGUUGUGACUCCAUUCACAUCAGAUAAUAGUCAACAUUUGCCAGAAUCUAGCAAUAUUACUAAAUUGAUGCAUUCCGGGGAACUUCAUGAUGUAGUGCUUCCAACAAACGUGUCGCGCAGUAGCACAUCAGUCGUCCGUGGUGAGUGAGGACAUCUUCUAUUAUCAGAAUUCAAGGCCGUACUCGUUUAUUUUUUGAUUUGGAAUAAAUAAAUCAAGAUUAUUAUUGCGCACAAAAAAUUAAAACAGGGGAUGCACAAAUAUGCAAGCAAUGUUAAUUAUUUGUGAUAAACACAUCUAUUACUCAAAACAUUGUCUGUGUCAGAUAUUAGUAAGCACCAAACGUGUCUCAAUAAACUAAAAUGUCUUCAUCAAUUACUAAUUAUCAUAAUGUUAUUGAGCCGAAAAUAUUUUCCGCAAUCUACUUGCUCACACGUACCUGAGUGCCUACUAAACGAGUUUAUGGAAACAACAUUAUGCAUCUAAGUAAUCAUAAAUAUCUCGUAAAAUUUAAAACAGAGUGUGAUUAUACAGCAUGUUAUUUUAUAACUUGAUUAUUUUUAUAAUAUUGUAUAAUUUUUUUUAUAUAUUUCAUUAAACGUUUUUAUUUGUAUCUUGUACUAACUUAUUUUUAUUUAUAUGAAACAAGAUGUUAGAUUUACAAAUAAAUAAAUUUAUAUAGCGUAUCGUCUUUCUUUGAGGAGUUCCAACAAAAAUAUUAGACUGGCACCUUUCAAUCCCAAGGUUUAAUUAUCAUGCUAUAUGCGAUCCUGUAAAUUAAUUUAUAAAAGGCUACGCAGUUUAAUUAAAAUAAAAUAAUAAGUCUUAUAAUUAUAAGUACAUGAUGUUACUAGUAUCUGGCUGUUAUGAAAUUGCAACCAAGUAUCUGUGUAGAGAAAUGGGAUAAUCACUAAAGUUGUAUAUAAUUACAUAAGGAUAUGAAGUUAAAAUCUGAGAUAUUUAUGAACACUAUAGCUGCGUAGGAAUUUCUAAAUACAUGUUGAUAAAUAUGGAAUAUUUGGCAUAUGUGGUUAGAUAUAAUUGAGUGAGUAGCUUGCGUGCAAUAUUGUGUAUGUUAGAUGUUUUCAAUUAUUUUUAUAACUUAACUGCUGACAUGUAUCUGAUGCUGGCUGUACUUUGCGAUUAAACAUUUAUUAUAUAUAUCUAUAUACAUAUAUAUAAUUUAAAAAUA